AUGGCUUCUGGUUCAUCCUCCGUCAGCCAUCCAAUUGUCUCUUGUCCCCCACCUGUGUCACUCGUCAUCUCCGAUCGCGAGCUCGCAGACGAUGGGACAUCAGUGGUGUCGUCAUGUGUUUUGUGCAAAUACUUUGGGUAUCUGGGUGUUUCUCGGGAUUGCGUGCCAUUGUGUGACCAAUAUCCUGUCGGCUCACUACUACCUGUAGUAGCGCCGAAUCUGCGAGUGAUUGUCGAGAAUUUCGCGACAUUCACUAGAGAACAAUACGCUGAAAUUGCACGCGCUCAUUCUAUUUAUGUGUCUUCUUCGGAUCGUAAAGAUCAUGUCCAUGAUCUGCUUCGCGUCCAUGUGUGUGAGUCGCACUGUAUAUCUAAUGCAGUCGUCUUUAAGCUCUUAAAGUAUCCUAGGGCUAAUCAAUCUAAUCCUGGCUUUCCUGAGCCCUUUGAAGCGUCGUCUCGUGCGCAUCGUGCAAGUUCUAAGCGUCGUGCUCGCAUUACAGCCAGUGAUUCCGAACGUUUGGAUGUGAGAGCUGUGAAUGCUGCUCAAACCACUUUGGAUGAGUGGACAUUCCACUGGAACAUCAACAGCGGCAUAACAGACGAGACAGCAGGAAUAGCUUGCUUUGACGAGACUGGGAGGUCAUGGAUGCAAAAUAGGAAGCAAGAGAAAGUCGGCAAAUCAGAUCCUGAUUGCUGCCUGACGACGAAUAAUUGGGAUUGCGACUUUGAAAAGCCGUCCACUCGUAUGGUCUUCAAUGCCGAAAAGGAAUUCGAACAGAAGGAUGCUGUCAUUACUUCAAUAUACUUCGACAAUGAAGAUCUUGAACUUUACCUCGGUCGACUGGAGAAGACAGAGGGUGCCGAAGCUAUCCGUCUCCGGUGA